GCGUUACUGGGGGAGAGUCGGGGCUGCGUUAAGUGUCAUGAUCUGCUGGGGUUUCUACUCUGGCCGGUCCGUGGAGGCCACUGAGGGCACUGCUUCCUCCUCUCUCUCUCUCCCUGCCCUGCCCGGGGUUGGGUGCGUGCAGGGAGCUGGGAUCUGCCGAGAGCUGCUGAGGUGUGUGUGUGUCCCACCCACCGGGAACAAGUCCUACCAGCCCAGCCCGGCCCAGAGCAGGCAGAAGCCGGCGUGGAGCAGCGGCUGAGCCACCGCGGCGAGCACAGGUCACAUCUGCAGUCCCUUCAGGAUGAGCUGAAGUUGUCGCCAAAGGGGAGAUGGCAGCAAGGCUUGAGGAGGAGGCAGAAACUUAUUCGACCCGCAAGCCUCACCUCCUGGCCACCCAGAGACCCCAGAGCCCAGCUGUGCCUCUGUCUGAUGCCCCCAGCGUGUACUCCUGCAACACGGAAGCCUUGCAUGCCCAGGCCCGCGGGGAAGGGGGCAGCAGAGGCGUGAGGGCUACGUGUGGAGCACACUCAGUGCUGCCCGAGGUCAGGGUGAGGUCCAUGAAGCCAAAGGCUCCAGGAGGUUUCUCUGAGGCAGCGGGACCCAGCCAGGCCCCAAAGCAAGGACCACCCAGAGCACAGGGCUGCGGAGGGUGGCUUGAGCCCCUCUGAGUCUUGACUGGGACUACGUUUCCUGUGUUUUUCAGCUCUUGACAGCAGGGUGGAGAAAUAUCUGCAGGUGGGGAGGUGACAGCCAUGCACUGGGGAGACUUAAGUAUGGAGCUGUAGGUCACCUUUGCUUUCUGCCUUUUCCUAGAAAAAAUUUCGGGAGGGAUGAGAUGAGAAUACCCAGGGAUGGUGCUGGAAAGGCAGGAAGAGAGGCUCAGGUGGGGAAGGGUGGGGAGAGGCUGGAGCAGGAAUCUGGGCUGGAGAAAGCAGAGCAGGCUGGAUCAGGGAGGAAGGAGGAUGGAGAGAAGAUAGGACACCCAGCAGCGGGGGAGAACGUGGCCCCGAGGGCAGGAGGAAGCCAUCCACUCAGCCCGGUGACCUGGUACUAUCUCCACCCCACAGGCUCUCCAGACCCAGGACAAGCUGAUGGGCAGGAUUCAUGUGUACCCAGAGCAGCCCUGGGACAGAGCUUUUCACAAAGCCUUUAGACUUCUUGAAGCUUCCGCUGAAGGCUCAGCACAGUUUGGAUCUGUUUGGGGAGUCUGAACCUACAGGCGUUAAGAGGCCUUCACAAUUACCAGCGUCUGCUGAUAAAGGGCGCAUCUUCCCGUGGCUGCCGAGGUGUAGCGGCAGAGGAAGUGGGCUCAGCCAGCACUGCUCAGGUCGCAGGUCAGGGAGCGCGCGCCGUGCGGGGGAGGUGGAGGGUGGACACGCUCCCUGGCGCCUGGCCACCAGAACCUAAAAGAAGGUGGGAGCUAUUCCAGAGCUGGUCUUCUGGGGCAAGGAGGAUAAGGAUUGACAUUCCCACUUUCCAAACUUCUGAAGGACGUGGAUUCCUGAGGAGAGGAGGUGGGGAGUAGGGGGGCAGGAAGCACAUGGAGAGGGUGGCAGACAGGAGGAAGCUGUACAGAGACAGGGUGCCUCUCUCCCCUCCCUUUCUGUCCCAGAUCACCCACCCCUUUCUGUUCCGCUCCCCUCUGCAUCCCUGGUCAGGCGCCGGAAGGGUGGACACCACGGGCCAGCUGUGUGGAGGAGAGGAAGGGAAAGAUCAUGAUGUAGCCUCCUGGCCACUUUUAUCCUCCAUUCUCACUUCCUGCCAGGGCAGAAAAUAGCCCUGCCCCUGUGACUUAUCUCAGCAAAGAGUAGUGCCCAGCCCAGCUCAGAGGGCAAUGGGACAGGUCCCAGAGGCCCCGAGGACAUAAGGAACCUGGGCCCCGGGUGUGCAGGUGGGAAGCUGAAGGACAGAGAAGCAGCGUGGAGGAAGGUGGCCGCGCACCAUCUGGCGUGUGCGUGGUGUCGGGGGCUGGGACGUGGGCGGGGCCGUCCCCAGGGCCUCUCUUUGCCUCUCAGUGCCUUGGGGCCGGAAUCUGUUUGUGCACAUCUGCAUGCGUGUGUGUGCUCCUGAAGCUGCCCGUCUGUCUGUCCGGCUAAGGAUAAUGUUCCUAGGCGGGGACGGUGUCUGCUUUCCUCCCCUGGCUCGGCUGUCUGUGCCUCCGUGCGUGCACACGUGUGUUACAGGCUGUGGAUACACGUUGAUUCGUAUGUUACUAGGGAUCUUGUGUGCACAUCCCUCAGUGUACCCUUACCUGCGUGUGGCCUUGCACGCGCCCGGGUGUGUGUGUGUGUGUGUGUGUGUGUGUGUGUGUGUGUAGUGGUGUGCUCACAUGACCUCCAGGCGUGCUGAGGUUACGGAGCCAGCGUGGGCCUCCACGUCCCCCUUCUCCCUGGUGAAAUGAAAUCCCAGUGUCUCUGCUUUUCUGGGGCACCUGCUGCCUCUUUGCUUUCCGUCUCCCGCACCCCCAACCUGACCUCUUGCUCAAGGCAGGAUUGAGGAGAGUGCCGUGCCACUCCUCCCCCACAUCUAGAGCCCUCCUUGCACUUCUUGUUUGCCUCCUUUUUGGCAGUUUUUCCCAUCUUUGCCAUCUGGCCUGGCACUGUGCCCAUUCAGCUCCACUGAUGGGGAGCCCUCGGGAAGCAAGCGGAUCGGGUGGGGACCAGGGCAGGGGCCUGGCAGCUCUCAACAGCUUGGGCCAUUCUGUGUGAGUCUGUGGGAAAGGGGUGGCUUUUUGACAACUAAACUCAAGGGCUUCUCCGCUUUGGAAUGGAGUAAGGCGAGAGCAUCGCCAUCUGCUUUCCUGAAGGAUUCCUAACUCUCUACCUUUUAGCAGCAGCUCACCUAAUACAUUUUGGCCUCUUUAACCUUGCAACUUUGUUGACGAAAGACUUGGGAUUCUUGGAAAAUAAUUUUCCAUUCACUCAGUGUCUAGGAUGUGCCUCCUAGUUGUAGGGAGCUAUGGGUGCUCCAAGUACUGCUUAAGAAUGAUCAAACGUGGGCUUCCCUGGUGGUGCAGUGGUUGGGAGUCCGCCUGCCGAUGCAGGGGACACGGGUUCGUGCCCCGGUCCGGGAAGAUCCCAGAUGCCGCGGAGCGGCUGGGCCCCUGAGCCAUGGCCGCUGAGCCUGCACGUCCAGAGCCUGUGCUCUGCAACGGGAGAGGCCACGACAGUGAGAGGCCCACGUACCGCAAAAAAAAAAAAGAAUGAUAAAAUGUUACUGUGAUUGUAGCUGUAAACUGUUAUUGAAGUUUUAAUGCAAGCUGUUUCCAAACGAGCUUUUCAAAAGGGACAUGCCUUUCUCUGAGUUAUACAUGCGGACAAGAUAGUCAGGAAUGUGAUAAGAAGUGGUUGGACUGAUGCAAGAAAUAUUAUAACAGGAUUACAGGCUGGGCGGACAUGGGGGGAGGGGGCAGACUUCCUGAAAGGCAGCCAAUGAAUAUCACAAGGGUUGCUAGGUAGAGAGACUGAAGUGUGAGUGAGCCUGGGAAGAAAGCUGUGGAAGGUGUGGUCUGCACCCCAGGACCCUACUGUCUGGCUGGGGAAAUGGGACAAAAACACACGUCAUGACCUAAGGAGUUCAAAGCAGCAAACUGUUUCUGUAGGUAAGGGGAAAUCAUCAGGAAGGGCGUAUUUGUGUGUGUGUGAAAGAGAGAUGAGUCUGUGUUGCCAGUGUUUGAAGUGGGAGAAAGAAGGAAGUGGGUUAUUAAAAAGUAUAUGUUUCAACUGGACAAAAGAGGAAGUAAAACGAUUCACCUAUGGGCACAGAUUUGAUAUAAGCAGCUGUAAAAGUUAGGUGCUCUGUGCGGCAUCCAGCCGCAUACCCACCCACCCACUCUUAUUGGAAGCAGCUUUUUGGACUUUGGAGCCCGGAUGUCCUGGAUUUGAGGCCUGACUUCACUCCUCACUGACUGAGCUCUUAAGGAAAAAUCAGGAGGAACUCCUACCUCAAAGGGCUGUUGGAAGGAUUAGAGCUCGUGCGUGUAAAACACCCUGCGAGAUGGUGAGGGAUCAGUAAAUGGUAGCCAUUAUUUUUGACCCAACAUUUAUGGAGGGAGGGCUGGGACUACAGAGAUGAGUAAGUCACAGCCCCCAGGCCCUCCCUCAAGGAGCUCCCAGGCGGGCGGGAGAGGCAGACCAAGAACAGCCAAUUAUAGCACAGGUGGGAACAGCUGACCUGUGGCCAAAGUGCUGGGAAAGCUCCAGUGAGGGGACUCGCCUGGUGGGAAGGGAGGGAGUCAGGAAAGGCAUCAUGGGGUCCUGAGAAAUGAUUGAGUUUGCCAGUUGGAGGAUGGGAGAAAGGGCAUUCCCAGUUGCAGAAACAGCACAUGCACAGACAGAGCCCUGAAGAUGUAAGGUAUGUGCAGAAUUAUCACUAGUUUGGCGUGACUGGAGCAAAGGAGCAUGGGAGGUGGGCACGUUUCAGGAAGAGAGCCUGGCAUUACUUGCUUUUCAGCACGUUUAAGACCCAUCUAGCAUUAUUUUCAUUGAUGAAAUUGGUAUUUUGCAGACAAAGUGUUUCCUUAUUCCCUUCAACUGUUGUACUAUGCUUCUUACAAGUCUUAAACUGCUGGAGUCAGAGUCAUGGUUGGAGGGAGAACAGACAAACGAACAAAAAAACCCUAGAAAACUUGUUAUACUCAUGUUUAUAACUUGGUUCCAUGUAAGGAUUUAAGUGGUUCCUUUUGAAGGGAGUAUGUUCCGUAUCUUGGGAUAAUCGCUCAGGGUCUUCGGAUAACUUCUCUCCCUAAGAUGGCCCAUGGAAGCCCAUGAUCAUUAACAUUAUUCACAAUAGUCAAAAGAUGGAAAAACCCAAGUAACCACCAGCAGAUGAAUGGGAGAACAAAAUGUGGUGUAUAUAUAUAGGACUAUAUUAUUCAGCCAUAAAAUGACUGUAAUUCUGAUACAAACUACCGCAUGGAUGGACCUUGAAAACUUUAAGCUAAGUGAGAUAAGCCAGACACAGAAGGACGGCUAUAUGAGUCCGCUCAGAUGGGGUGUGUAGAAUAGGUAAGUUCAGAGAGACACAAAGUAGAAUAGAGGUUGCCAGCGGCUGGAGGGGGGGGGAUGGGCAGUUAUUGGGUAAUGGGUAUAGAGUUGUUGUUUGGGAUGAUGAAAAAGUUCUGGAAAUAGUGGCGAUGGUUACACAACAUUGCGAUUGUACUUAAUGUCACUGAAUUGUACCCUUAAAGAUGGUUAAAAUGGUAAUUUUUAAGUUAUGUAUAUUUUACAACACGAUGGCACCUGGGGGUCGCAAUGCAGGGGUGGCUGCUGUGGCCUUAUGACAUUAAGGAAGGUGGAAUCCUAAGACCAAGUCCUGUCUUCUAACUCGUCCGCCUCUGACCACAUCCUUCCUCUGGCAGCUUUUGCCUGGGGACGGCAGCGGCUGUGGUCUGCUCUCUCCAGGAGCCUCAUCAGCACGCACGGUACUUCCCUGUCUCACUGCCACCCUCUCUGGGCCCCCUUCGAGCCCUUAGGACGAAACCAUUAUCUGCCCCCAUCACGGAAUCCCAACUAGGAAGCACCCGAGUCAGACUCUCCAGGGGAGCACCUGGAAAAGUUCAACCCACGGGGCCGUCCCCUGCCUGGAAGGACUGUGCUGGUGUGUGCGAUCAGCCUACGGCAGCGGUCCCCAACCUUUUUGGCACCCGGGACCGGUUUCGUGGAAGACGAUUUUUCCACGGACGGGGUGGGGGGAUGGUUUCGGGAUGAUUCAAGAGCAUUACAUUUAUUGUGCACUUUAUUUCUAUUAUUAUUACAUUGUAAUAUGUAAUGAAAUAAUUAUACAACCCACCAAAAUGCAGACAGGAGGCAGAGCUCAGGUGGUAAUGUGAGCAAUGGGGAGCGGCUGUAAAUACAGAUGAAGUUUCGCUCGCUCACCUCCUGCUGUGUGGCCCGGGGGUUGGUGACCCCUGGCCUAAGGGACCCCCAUUAUAUUACUGUCCCCAUUUUACAGAUGAGGAAACUUAGGGAGGUCAAACAAUCCAGCUGAACCAGGUCGCUCUGACCACAAACCCAGCCCACACAGGAGCAAUCGUGGAGAUGAGCCUGGGAUUUUUGUCCUGUACUUGGGAGUUUGAACUUUAUUCUUUAGAUAAUGGGGAGUCAGCGGAACGGGCUGGUGCCAGGGGAGGGGCUCCACAGUACUUCUCACCACCUAACAUAAUACCUUUUUACAUGGACUUUAUUAUCUGUAUCCCUUCAAUGGAAGGGAACAUAGGUGGGGGCAAGGCCUUUGUUUUGUCCACUGCUGUGAACAUGCCUGGAACCUUCUAAAGUCUCAGUAAGCAUUUGUAUGGACUUCCCUGGUGGUCCAGUGGUUAAGACUCCGGGCUUCCACUCCAGGGUGCACAGGCUAGAUCCCUGGUCGGGGAACUAAGAUUCCACAUCCUGCAUGCCGCGAGGCCAAAAUGAUAAUAAUAAUUAAAAUCCUGGUAAGCAUUUGUAGAAGAAAGAAAGGAAGCAAGGGAGAGAUAUUAGUAGAUAAUAACAGUAAGCAAAGCACUUUAAAUAUAUCAUCUCGUUGAAUCUAACGACCUCGUGAAGUAGGGGCCCCUCUCCUUUUUUUUUUUUUUUUUUUCCAGGUAAGGAAAAUGAGGGGCAGAGAGAUUAAGUCACUUUUCUGAGGACAAAAGCCCAGAUUUAAACCUAGGCAGGCCUGACUCUAGAGCACUGUGCCAUAGAGCGGGCUGCAGAAAGCUGUUCUGGCCAGAAGGACGGUGGAGGAAAGAUGUGAGGCUGAGAAAAGGCCCAAGAGGCCAGCAGGUUCAGCUCUAUGACAUUUGUGUCUUCAGCCCUUCCUUGCACAGUCUUGACUUCUGCCUUCCCUCCUAUGCCAGGUCUCCACUGAGGCCGAUGAAGCUCUGACCAAGGGCAUCUGAUCCUCCGCAGCUGUCGGCCCUGCAGCCACAGCCACAGGUCUAUGCCCGGCCCCCGCUUGCUCUGGGACUCUGUGCAGCCUCCAGGCCCCCGCCGUGGAGACUGGAGAUGAACGCGAAGCCAGCACGCGGGUGCGCCCCCUGAUGCCCCCGGCCUAGCUCCUCCUCGCCCUUUGGCACGAUGCUGGCCAACUCCUCGGCCAACGACUCUGAUCUCAGGUGCCCGGACCACCAGCCCAUCCACCACCUGCACUUGGUGGUCUACAGCCUGGUGCUGGCGGCAGGGCUCCCCCUCAACGCGCUGGCCCUCUGGGUCUUCCUGCACGCGCUGCGCGUGCACUCGGUAGUGAGCGUGUACAUGUGCAACCUGGCGGCCAGCGACCUCCUCUUCACCCUCUCGCUGCCCUUGCGCCUCUCCUACUAUGCGCAGCACUACUGGCCCUUCUCGGACCUCCUGUGCCAGCUGGCGGGCGCCGUCUUCCAGAUGAACAUGUACGGCAGCUGCAUCUUCCUGACCCUCAUCAACGUGGACCGCUACGUCGCUAUCGUGCACCCGCUGCGGCUGCGCCACCUGCGGCGGCCCCGCGUGGCGCGGCUGCUCUGCCUGGGCGUGUGGGCGCUCAUCCUGCUGUUCGCCGUGCCCACCGUCCUGGUGCACCGGCCCUCACCCUGCGCCCGCGACGGCCGCUGGGUGCACGUGUGCUUCGAGAACUUCAGCGACGAGCUGUGGAAGGGCAGGCUGCUGCCGCUCCUGCUGCUAGCCGAGGCGCUGGGAUUCCUGCUGCCCCUGGUAGCCGUGGUCUACUCUUCGGUCCGUGUCUUCUGCACCCUGGCGCGGCCCGACGCCACGCGGAGCCAGCGGCGGCAGAAGACGGUGCGCCUCCUGCUGGCCAGCCUGGUCAUCUUCCUGCUGUGCUUCGUGCCCUACAACGCCACGCUGGCCGUGUACGGGCUGCUGCGCGGCCACGUGGUGCUGGCCAGCCCGGCGGCGCGCAACCAGGUGCGCGGGGUGCUGAUGGUCAUGGUGCUGCUGGCCGGCGCCAACUGCGUGCUCGACCCGCUGGUGUACUACUUCAGCGCCGAGGGUUUCCGCAACACCCUGCGCAGCCUGAGCUCUCCGCUCCAGGCCAGGACCUCGGCCACCAACGGGGCUCGGGGGGCACUCGCCGAACCAACCGCUGAGACCUCCCACGCCACCGUGCCGGCCGCCGCCAGCCAGGGGCUGCUCCGGCCCUCCGACCACCGGGACUCCUUCACCCGGUGCUCCGAGGACUCGUCCCUCUGAAGGCACGUCGUGCCAGAGCGCGGUCCCCUCACCCCACCCCCACGUCUCUCGCACUCGCAGACACGCAGGGUGUGUGCACAGCAGGGCGGUGGGUUGGGCACUUGGACUUCUGAGCGGCAGCUCCAGCUCACAGAUGCAGAAGGGAACAAAGUGUGGGGGGCAGGGGCCCGGGGAGGGGAGAGCGCGGCUGCAAACGUCUUUAACUAGGUGGUGAUGGCGAGCGCAGAAGGACCUCUUCCUUAGUACCUAGGAAGUGCUGCCGUGAGCCUGCCCGUGCAGAGGCGGGAGACUGGAUGAAAUGCCCUUGGCGGGGCAUGAAACACGGCCCGGCCCGUAGCUGGUAGCUGGAGCAGAAGAUGGGUGUCCUGCGUUUAGACCGACCACAGAGGUCUUUGGGCCAUGGACGCCACCCACUCCCCUUUCCACCUGGGCUCUGCCUGCCCAGCACUGAGGCGUAAUGCAAAAGCGUAUUGGAUGCCGGCUGAAUUGGUUUCCUUCUUGUCUAGUGACUUUUAACAAUUUAGAUCUGACGCCCAGCGUGGGUGGGUGGGGGCAGAGGGGGUUUUCCUCCGAGUUCCUGGUCACUGUUCCCCUUUCUAGGUCCUGCCUUCCCCUUCCACCUCACCCACCCUUUCAAAAGCUCCUCCAUUCUAGAUCGUAAAUCCCCACCACCACCACCGUGUGUGUGUGUCUCUGCUGCUUCGUCUAGAAUAAGGAGAACAUUCUCUGUACUAAAGAAGUAGUUCUCCAAUUUUGGGGUCUCAGACCCUUUUACACUCUUAAAAAUGGAGAAUUCCAAAGAGAGUUUGCUUAUACUUUGUCCUUUUGAUACAUGACCAUAUUAGAAAUCAAAAUUAGUAAGUUUUCUAAAACAGAAAUACCCAAGCACACAUUCCAAUAGCUAUGAGAGCAAGUGUCAUCACACUUCAUGAAGCCUCUGGAAAACUCCACCGUCUACUCAUGAGACAAUGAGUGAAAAGGACAAAAGACAUCUUAGUAGUAGUAUCAUGAAAACGGUUUCGUUCUUGUGGACUUCCUCAAAGAAUCCAUCCUCAGAUCACACUUGGAGAGCCAUACCUGUACUGGAGUAUUAGAGUCAUGUGUAAAGUCUUCCCAGCCCAUUAUGUACAUUGUUUUUAUCGCUGCAAGGAGAGGGCAAUGCUCAGCAAAUCAAUUGCUAAUUGUAGUCCGUAAGGCUUGGGGUUUUCGGGGCGGGGGGGGGAGGAGUUGCACACCCAGUGAACACCACCUGGGGCUUCCUGGAGCUGCAGCGGGAGGUGGGGCUGGAACUAGUUGCACAGAUACUCAGGAGGAGGUGGAGGGCUUCUCUGGGCAGGGAAAAGGGAGCUGUGCCAGAGCCAGACAAGAAGUUUAUGGGAAAGUAAGAGUGUGAUGGACGGGAGGACGGGAGUAAGCUGGCUGCUCCUGGCGAGCUGGAGGUAAGGAAAGGGAAGUCUGGUUUACAGGCCACCUACUGUCUUCCCUCUUUAGCGGAGUCGGGGCUGGGAGGAAUGGCGGAGUUGGCACUGUGACAUCUUGAGACCCUGACAUUCGUGAGACUCGUGAGGGAGUUGAUGCCAUGCACACGUCCUGCAUGCAUUUCUGUCCCUAUGUCUCUCAAUGAUGUAUGUUUCUGUGUAUGUGCGUGUGUGUGGUUGUGACAGUGUCAGAGUUUUCCCGGCUGUGUCUCUGUGUGUUUAGUUCGGACUAAGACUUUUGUGUGUCUUUACGUGAUCGCUCCAGAUGGUGAUUUACAAGGGUAAAAUGACCCCUGGUGGCCAAACCGGAGAACUGACCCAGAUUCCUCAGUGAUAGCCGUGAAGUCGGGCUUUCCUCCAUCUGGCGGGUUAGAGCCCUCACCUCCUGCUGCUCUCUAGAGGGCUUGAUGGUUAGCACCUGCUCCGUCUUGCUCCAUCCUUAGGGUUCAGGACCCAUGCCCUUCGAGCCCUGGGGGCACCAAACGUCAUCACCGUCCAAAGUCUCAGGACUUUGCCCUAUCCAAACUGAACAGAAUACAAUUUUUAAAAAUUACUUGAGUAUUUUUUUUUUUUUUUUUUUUUUUUUGCGGUUCGUGGGCCUCUCACUGUUGUGGCCUCUUCCGUUGCGGAGCACAGGCUCCGGACGCGCAGGCUCAGCGGCCAUGGCUCAUGGGCCCAGCCGCUCCGCAGCAUGUGGGAUCUUCCCGGACCGGGGCACGAACCCGUGUCCCCUGCAUCGGCAGGCGGACUCUCAACCAUUGCGCCACCAGGGAAGCCCUACUUGAGUAUUUUUACGAAGAUAAUGUGAAUGAAUUCCAAAGUAAUUAAAACUCACAUAGCAAGUUUCUUCCAACAUAGGAUAUAAUUUACUUAUUUAUUUAUUAUAACUUUUAUAGUUUAUUUUCUGUCCCCCACCCCACCCCCGAAGUAGAAUGUAAGCUCUCUGGGGGCAGGGAUUUUUGCUUGGUCCGUUUCCUGAUGUAUCCCCAGCAUCUAGAACAGCGCCUGGCGUAAAAGAAGUACUUAAUAAAUAUUUGUUGAAUGAUGAA